CGCCAUUUUGGCGCAGGAGUUUCUGGAGGUCCUACGAUUUCGGCAGACCGGAUGCGAUCCGGUAAUCGUGCACGUGCUCCAGCGGAUAUCUUGACGAUCCUAAAGUGUAUCUUGCUCGUCCCUGAACCUGCAAGAAUGGCUUUUGCCGGUAGGAGCCUAUAUAAGACCGCAAGCGUCCUAUCACAAGGCGCAGUGUUGGGUUACCGCCGGAACGACGACAACGAAGAUCGUUUUCAAAUACCGGGAAGACAGUCUCUCCCCCGGAGAAAGAUCCAAACGAUCCGUAAGAGGACGAAGAUCGGAUCAAGCGGUGUCAUCGGCAGCGAUCCUUGGACGGUGCCUCGAUUUUUUGACUAUUUAAGGAGCAUCCUCGCCUCUUCGAGGUUCCCUUAGCGCGAGGGCUGAUCCGGUUUGAUUUUAUUCUCUCUGUCGAUUCCAUUCUCGGGGUUUAUUUUUCGGACACCAUGGAGACUGUGAUAGUGACCAAGAUGGACAAGGCGAGGAUCGCGGAAAAUGAUCAGAGGAAGACUGGAUUCGCCAAGGAUGCGCCGAAAGUCCUGAGAUACACGCUGGCCGACUCGUCCAACGACCCGAGCAUGGACUACCAUAUCCAGGUGAUCACACCGGAUGACGCCCCGAGGGUGCUCAAGUUCCUCAAGAGGUUCUUCUUCAGGGACGAGCCCCUGAAUUACAGCAUCGAGCUGAUCCCACCCGGAGAGAACAGUACCUGCGUCGAACUCGAAGAGUACAGCAUAAGCUCGAUCGAGGAAAAUCUAAGUCUUAUGGCCGUUUCAACGAGCGGCGCGGUCAUUGGGGUUUGUUUGAACGGUAAUAGAGCGGAACUGCCAAAAUGUCGAACCAGCGCCCCGAAGGAUGCCGAGCCCGAUUACAUCGCCGAUUGUGCGAAUCCGAAGUUCAAGAAGGUCCUGAAAUUGCUGUACUUCCUGGACAAGCAAGUCACGGCCACCGGAAGGUACACCGGAGAAAAUGGAGUGGAACUCAGGAUCAUCUCCGUCGACAGCAACUGGAGAGGCCGGGGUGUAGCCAGAGCUCUGAUCGAGAAAACGAUAGAGACGGCGAAAGAACGGGGCUUUUCGAUAAUUCGCUGCGACUGCACGUCCGUGUUUUCCGCCAAAUUGUGCGCCAGGAUUGGCUUCGAAAAAAUUUACGAGUUAAAGUACGAGGACUACGUAGACGAGGAAGGAAAGCCGAUUUUCUCGCCCGACUCGCCGCAUACAUCUGCGACAUCGUACACGAAAAAGCUGUAAGAAGAAGAGGGAAAAGUGCCGCAAAUAAUGGAAGAUUGAUCCACGGCCGUGAUUUCGUAAAUUAUCGUAAAGUUACGCACGACGACGAGGCAACUUAGAAAUUUCAUCGAGAUGUUAAGUACUGGACCGUGUAGUACCUACGUAAAUACGAAGAGAAUUAAUCUUAGAGAGAUUUCUAAGUAACUAGUGAAGCUGUAUAUAUUCCGUAUAGACGACUAUUCUCUUUGCGUUUAUUUAAAUGUCAUGUACCGUAAAAUCCUUUUUUAGGAGUGCUGCCGAAUAAGGCAGUCAAUUAUAUUUUACCGAGUGUUAAGUCAACGACCUGUAUUUUAAUUUGCACUUUUAUUCGUAAAGCGCAUUGCAUGCUUCUUAAACAUCGUUACGUAUCGAUAAAUAAGACCAUGUCGACCAAAAGUCAUUUGACGAAGCCCUGUGGUGGAAAGUCAAUGAUUUUCAUUGGCAUUUAGUGAUGUCUACCUUCUAUCGGGAAGCCUGGUGAAUGUACUUUAUAAGAAGGAUUGUUAUAUGAUACCUGCGUCAAAGAAAAAAAAUUAAAUUCAAGGAUCUUUGGCAUUUCGAAAGUUACUUACAUAGAUGUAAUCACGCACUGUGACGCAGUUUAUUAUUAUUUUGUAUGAUACUGCGUAAGAGUAGCACUUUGAUUAAAAUUAACCUUUGAGGGGAUGCCUAAAUAA